AAAACUAUACCUAUCCCGCAAAAAUGGGAUUGAAGCAGCUGCCUUUCCCUUCUCUCUAUGAUGGACAGCCUGUCGAAUGAGCUUCUGGUGCAUAUCUUCAGUCGUCUCCGAUAUCUUCAGUCGUCUCCGAUAUCUUCAGUCGUCUCCGAUAUCAAGACAUACUUCGAUGUCAACGUGUGUGUUUUCGUUGGGACAAGAUCGUCAACGAGGCACACUACCUCCAGUAUCUGUUGGAGCUCAAGACUCGCAGCGCAUUUGGGAUAGCCCUCAUAUCGGCUUAGCUGAGAGGAUGCAUACAGCCUCCGGGAUCAGUGGAAUACAAGCAACUGGACAUCAUCACUGCAAGUGCGGAUGUAGAUAUCUUUUGAUCAUAUCAACUGAGGAAGAAACAGAGGAAGAGCGCACUGCGCUUAGACUGGACCGUUCACUUUCUAUCCAUUCAAGACGGAAAGACUCAUCCCCUUUCUCGGCAGCUUCCCGCCUUCCAAGUGACGUGCAACAAUGCAGAUGCAGACAGUUUCUUGGGUAACUUUAAGGCAUAUGGCAAAACUAUUGUCAUGCAAAUGUAUGCUGAGGAUGUGAACAAGUUUAUUUUGUACGACUGGUCCGCCGGUGCUGCCAUAACUACCUUCCCUUCUAGAGUGGAUACCGACAUUAUUUCCGCGUUACCCAUUGGAAGUAAUUGUGUCUUGGUGGCCAGACUACAAACAGCUCCGUCACCUGCCAUGUUCCUCGAUGUCUACCAAUCGACCACCGUAGCAUUCAACGAAUUGGCGCGCCCCGAACUAGUAGCAAGCUGAAGUUUGCCUCCUCUGAGGCACGAUAUUGCACCUACCGAUCUUGGGAGCAUUUUUCUGCGCAAAUACUUCCGUUGGACCAUUGGCGACGAGGUCAUCGGAUUUUUAUCCAGAACUGGCUCUAAUCCAUCUCGUGACCUCAUAUCGCACCGAAUUGUUUAACUUAUAUGUACCUUUGUCGGCCCUGUUGCCAGGUCGUCUAGUUCGUGCAAUGCCACGAUCGCCUGUCACGAUUCCUUGGGA